AUGAUAAGCACGAAUUGGGUAACAGAGGAAAGCGGCAUCCUCGCCAAUCACUAUGUCAACCAGCCCAAGCCCAUCCGAGUCAUAGUCCUGGGCGCCGGCAUCGCGGGCAUCGCAUUUGCCUACAAGGCCAGAGAGAUUGAGAAUGUUUUUUUCCAGAUUUAUGAGAAGAACUCGGACGUCGGAGGCACCUUGUUUGAGUCGAGAUAUCCUGGAGUAUCUUGUGAUGUGCCUGCUCAUAGUUAUACCUUUACUUGGGAAGGGAACCCGGACUGGACCAAGUUCUACGCAAGCGGCGAAGAGAUCGAGGCAUUCUACCAGCGACUUGCAAAGGAGUAUGGCGUCUACCAACAAACCAAGUUCAAGCACCAGAUCGAGGGUGCAGUAUGGGAUGAUGAAGCCGGCCUCUGGAGGAUAACCGUGAAGCAUCUCGAGACAGGCGAGUCUUUUGUUGAUUCCGCCGAGGUGUUCGUCAACUGCGGAGGAGUUCUCAACAAUUGGCAAUGGCCCUCUAUUGAGGGCCUAGACAAGUUCCGAGGGGCUCUCGUGCACACUGCUAGCUGGGAUGAUGGGCUCGACUUGAAGGGCAAGCGAGUGGCCGUCAUUGGAUCAGGGGCGUCAGCCAUACAGGUGGUGCCGACCAUUCAGCCAAUUGUCCAACAGCUGGUUAGCUUCCAUCGGUCUCCCUCUUGGGUCGCCGCCGAAUUUGCCGGCCAACUCGCCUCCCAAGGCCGUAACACGAUCUACACCGAGAAGGAAAAGCAGCGAUUCCGCCAGGACCCCGAAUAUUUCCUCUCUUACCGACGUGAGAUUGAGCAUGGCAUGAAUGCACGCUUCCCCUCCUUCUACCGUGACUCGGAUGCGCAGAAACUGGGUAUCGAGAACGUCACCAAGUCGAUGCGCACGCGUCUCGGUAACAAUCCGGAGCUGUGCGAGAAACUCAUCCCCAAGUUUCCACUGGGCUGUCGACGAGUCACGCCGGGGCAUGGAUACCUCGAGGCUCUCACGGCGGGUAAUGUGGUUGUUGAGACAUCACACAUUGCUCGGAUCACCGAGACGGGAGUUACGACGGUAGAUGGCAAGCUCCACGAGGUGGAUGUUAUUGUCACAGCAACUGGAUACGUCACUUCAUUUGUGCCCCGAUUUCCUAUUGUCGGAUUAGAAGGCCGGGACUUGCAGCAGGAGUGGACUAAAAAGGGUGCUCGGGGGUAUCUCUCAGUUACAGUGCCAGGAAUGCCCAACUACUUCUCAACCACUGGUCCGAAUUCGCCCAUUAGCAAUGGGUCCUUGAUUCCAGUCAUCGAGCACCAGGUGGACUUUGCUCUCAAAUUUAAAAGAAAAAAAAAAAACCAAGAUCUACACCAUGUCGUUGUGACAGAGAAGGCGACAGCCGAGUUCAACGAGUGGAAAGACGAGUUUAUGAAAGGCAUGACAUGGACAGGUAAUUGUACUAGUUGGUACAAGAACGGUACGGUGGAUGGCACCGUUAUUGGGCCAUGGCCGGGAUCUGUGAACCACUUUCUCUCAAUUCUAAAACAACCCCGAUUCGAGGAUUUCGAGUACAGGUACCGCUCGCGGAAUCGUUUCAGAUACUUUGGGGAUGGGAGGGCUGCGAAUGAGGCCAAGGGCCAGCCUUUGGGUGCUUACAUAUCUUAG